AUGAUGUUUUCGUCUGCAGGCAAGCGCUGCUUCACCAUAGAGUCCCUAGUUGCCAAAGAGAGCCCUCUAACAGCUGAGGAUCCCAUCCGUCCGACGGCUUUAAGUUACUCCAACCCGACGACAGAUGCCUUAAUGAACAGUUACCCGGCUCCGGCGGCCAGAUCCCUCUAUCAAAGCCCGGACCUGAUGUUCCCAGAGACGGUUAACCACCCCUCCCUCACCGUGGCUCCUCACCAGCUCGGAGCCUCCCACCUACAGCAUCCGCACUUCUUCGGGCCGCAACACCGUGACCCGCUCAACUUCUACCCCUGGGUCCUACGGAACAGGUUUUUCGGACACAGAUUUCAAGGUAACGAUGUGUCCCAGGACAGCCUGCUCCUCCACGGUCCUUUUGCCAGGAAACCCAAACGCAUCCGGACCGCUUUCUCGCCCUCCCAGCUCCUGCGUCUGGAAAGAGCCUUUGAGAAGAACCACUACGUCGUAGGAGCCGAGAGGAAACAGCUGGCAAACAGCUUGAGUUUAUCUGAGACACAGGUAAAGGUGUGGUUUCAGAACAGGCGGACCAAGUACAAGCGACAGAAGCUGGAGGAGGAGGGACCAGACAACCAGCAGAAGAAGAAGGGAAAUCACCACAUCAACAGAUGGCGCAUUGCCACCAAGCAGGCCAGCUCUGAGGACAUAGACGUGACCUCAGAGGACUAAAACCGUCGUCCAAACUUCCGACAAUGCUGCCCCAAACCCUGCGUCCCCUUCUGACGCAUCAGAGGACCAACACUAUUUAUUAUGUAAAAUUAUUACGUAUAAUUAGACACAUUAGAGGAAGACAAAAGGACUAAAUAUGUGAUCACCACACAUCUUGUCAUCGAGGUGCUAUACUCAAUGA